CUGGAACCGUGAGCAUAUAGUGACACCGUUCGACACGUUACUGAUGUUUCUGCCAGUUCUCACUGGAUUAUUUUUAUUGCAAAUUUGGGAGAACAAGAAAUCGUACGGAGAAGAAACCCCCCAAUCCGUUUCAAUUGUGUGGAAUCCUUCAGGAGAGCGGUUUCCGUAUGAUGAGAACAAAGUCAUAAGUGUAGACAUUGAUGCACAACUGACUCUUUCAUGUACCUCCAAAUUGAAUGAGUCAUCCAUUGCGAAGAUCUACAUGGUCAAUGAAACCGGUUUCGAUUUGUGCUCUGCAGAACCUGCUCAUCGGAUUAGAUUUCAAGAUAUCACAACUUUGGCUACACAAGAUGACUAUUUGCUGCAAUGUCGUGGACCUGACCGCAUUUUAGAUUUUGCCAAUUUUAUCAAAUGGUCAUUUCUCUCUAAACAUACCUUUGUAGGAAUGUUUGUCUAUUUGAUUGAUGUAUCAAAUCUGACGACAUUUGAUGGCACAAAAAUUCAAAAUGAAAUUUCUGGUGGUGCAUGUUUGUACCGUGGAAUGAAGUUGAAGAUUAUUCUAACAGAUGAAAAGGUGCCAACAACUGCAGCACCCACAACUGAAGGUGAUUAUGCAACUGAAACUUAUGAGAAUAUUGGAACUAAGUCAGAUCAGGGAGCUGAACCAACUUCUGGUGUGAUUACUGAAAGUCAAGGUAAUGGAGGUCCUGAACCUACACCAACUAAACAAAUCAAGUCACCUGAUGAACAAAAGGCUAAAAACAGCACAUGUCGUCAAGUAUCACUCAGUUUCUUACUGGUUGCAGUGUGUCUGUUUAUGCAGCUCGCAGGAUGAAACACUCUGAGCAGUCUCAUAUUGUAACCAAGUACAUUGAUGGUGUUAGGUGACAGUAGAGGUACACUGUCAGCAGUGUAGUUUUAUUCUUAAUAUGCAAUGUCAGUAAAUUGCCGUUUUGUAGUAAAAUGAAAGCUUCAUGUGGUGUAAAUAUUGAGUUAUCUUGUUAGCCAAUAACACAAGUCUCUCCAUCUAUUAUGC